AUGCUUGUCGGGUCUCAGUCAAAACAAGCUACAUCGUGUCCUAUUCUGAAAGAACUCGCUCUUUCUCUCUCCCCACCGUCUCCUUCUCCGAUCUAUCACUCUUCAUUGUUUUUUUUUUCCUCUCAAUUCUCUGAUUUUGAAGAUGAACUUGAAGGCUACGAUCCUAAUCAUAGGGCUCGUGUGGAGCUUCCAGGCAGCGUUAGGGAUUAGAUUCGUGAUAGACAGAGAAGAAUGCUUCUCCCACAAGGCUGAAUACGAAGGAGAUACCCUUCAUGUCUCUUUCGUCGUCAUCAAGUCUGAUUCUCAGUGGCAUUUCAACGAGGAUGGUGUAGAUCUUGUGAUACAUGGGCCAACAGGGGAACAAGUUCAUGACUUCAGGGAGCAGAUAAGUGCCAAGCACGACUUUGUUGUCCAGAAGAAAGGGGUUUACCGUUUCUGUUUCACUAACAAGUCUCCUUACCACGAGACCAUUGACUUCGAUGUACAGCUUGGUCACUUUGCCUACUACGACCAGCACGCAAAGGACGAGCAUUUCACUCCGUUGAUGGAGCAGAUAUCAAAGUUAGAGGAGGCUCUUUACAACAUUCAGUUUGAGCAGCAUUGGUUAGAGGCUCAGACCGAUCGUCAAGCCAUUGUGAACGAGAACAUGAGCAAAAGAGCAGUGCACAAAGCUUUGUUCGAGUCGUUUGCACUGAUCGGGGCAAGUGUCCUCCAAGUUUAUCUUCUGCGUCGCUUGUUUGAACGCAAACUCGGCAUGUCUCGUGUUUAAAAGUGAAUUUUGGAAGCUUUCCCCUAAGUAUUUAUCUUGCUUCAUAAGUUAAAAUGUACCACAGAAUCUUUAACUCUUUUUACAGUCGUAGUUCAUCUGAAAGAUUUCACAUUUUCAAGAAA